AUGCCGUAUUUUCGAGUUUGCCUCAGCGCGGAAACGGAGGGGGUUGUGGCCAUUCGCCCUGCCCGGCCUCGGGUAUGGGGGUUUAAGUUUGCCUGCGACAGCUGCCGGGAGACCAGCCCGCACUUCGUCUACGUCGACGAGGCCGAGGCGCGCGACAGCGGCGGCGGCGGCACACGCAACGCCGUCUUCAAAUGCGCCUUCUGCAAAGGGGUUUUGACCGCAACGAUCGACCCGGAAAGCUACGGCCGCUUCACCCCCGACGGGGGCGGCGAUCUCCUGCUGGUCGAGGUGCGCGGCGCGUCCCCGGCGGAACUGGAGCUGGACGACAAGUGGGUGGUCGAGGCGGAGGGGUCGGUGUUUGAGGGGGUGGACCUGAGCGAGGAUUGGAUGGACUACGACGAGGCCGCCGGCGCCGCCGUCAGCGUGUCCGGCGUUUCUGUGAGUUUUGAGCGGGCAAAGAGGACAAAACAUACGGAAGGAGGCGCGUGA